AUGGCCCAACAAGCACGUCCUUCAUCAUCGACCUCUGACGCAUGGAAGGCCGAUUUGCGCCCGCCACCAAAAGACGAUCGUCCUCAAACCGAGGACGUAACUGCCACGAAGGGCAUCGAAUUCGAAGACAUGUUCUUGCGACGGGAGCUCCUCAUGGGGAUUUUCGAAGCUGGUUUCGAAAAGCCUUCUCCCAUCCAAGAAGAGGCUAUCCCUAUUGCACUCACCAAACGCGAUGUUCUCGCUCGUGCCAAGAACGGCACUGGGAAAACCGCCGCAUUCGUCAUCCCUUCCCUUCAACAAAUUGACGUGAACAAGAACAAAAUUCAAGCAUUGCUGCUUGUACCCACACGCGAGCUUGCCCUCCAGACGUCCCAGGUGUGCAAGAUUCUCGGAAAGCAUAUGGGCAUCCAGGUAAUGGUUACCACCGGUGGAACAACACUAAAAGACGACAUUAUGCGCUUGUCUGAGACCGUGCAUGUCCUCGUUGGAACACCGGGUCGUAUACUAGAUCUAGCGGGGAAGAACGUGGCGGACUUGAGUGAAUGCCCCGUAUUCGUGAUGGAUGAAGCGGAUAAGCUGCUUUCGCCGGAAUUCGCGCCUGUUAUGGAGCAAUUGUUGUCGUAUAUAUCGAAAGACCGUCAAGUCAUGCUGUUUAGCGCAACAUUCCCACUAAUAGUAAAGGACUUCAAAGACAAAUAUAUGAGGUCACCUUACGAAAUUAAUCUCAUGGACGAGCUUACUCUUCGCGGCGUGACGCAAUACUAUGCCUACGUCGAGGAACGGCAGAAGGUUCAUUGUCUCAAUACUCUGUUCUCUAAGUUACAAAUUAAUCAGUCUAUUAUUUUCUGCAAUUCAACCAACCGUGUCGAAUUACUCGCAAAGAAGGUGACGGAACUGGGCUAUUCCUGCUUCUAUUCUCAUGCGAAGAUGUUACAAUCGCAUCGUAAUCGUGUCUUCCACGAUUUCCGUAAUGGUGUAUGCCGCAACCUUGUCUGCUCGGACCUCCUCACUCGUGGUAUCGACAUCCAGGCCGUAAAUGUCGUCAUCAAUUUUGAUUUCCCUAAGAACUCCGAAACAUACCUUCACCGGAUUGGUCGUUCUGGACGAUUUGGCCAUCUCGGUCUCGCGAUAAAUCUGGUCACAUACGAGGAUCGCUUCAACCUGUAUAAAAUUGAGCAGGAGUUGGGCACCGAAAUCCAACCAAUUCCCCAGCAGAUAGACAAGGGGCUCUAUGUUGCACCUGGUACCACCGAGGAGCCCACUGAACAGAAGGUUCGAGCCGUCCAGAAUCAACGUCAGCCAACUCCAGCACAAAUCGCCUCCACCACCCAACAAUCCUCGCCAGCACAAGUUGUAUAUUCAAGUAACCCGCAGCCUCCCCGACCGCAGAACGGGAGCGCGAUACCCUCGACGCAGGCACGAGCUCCCUAUCAAGCUUAUCGUGGCGGUGUGCCUGUUGCGCGGUGA